CUCUCACCCCUUCAGAUACCGCUUAAAAUACUUUUACUCUGAGACCAGAUCACUUGAUUUUUCACUCCUCUCCUGUUCCCUUAUUUCUUGUUUACCACAAAGAAUCGUAUCCCAUUUUCUUAUUUUUCGUUUGGAAAAAAGAACAAAAAGAUCUUUAUUUCACCAACUUUAUUUCAGUUUGCAGUUGCCUUGUUACUUUCUCUGUUUUAUUUUCUUCUAUUUUUUCCCUUUUCCUUAUUUCUUUCAAAAAAAAAAAAAAAUAUUUCAGCAUUUUCCCUCACUCUUGUUCUGUUAUUUGAGUUUGCACUUGUUAUAUUUUCUGUAUUUUUCUAACCUGAGAAAGAAGUGAAGAAGGAAAAAAGAAGUGUGAAAAUGGCUGAACUUGCCGCCGUUGGGAGUAUUGCGAGUGUGGUGAGUGCUGUUCUCGAAGUGGGCAAGUGCCUGGCUGCUCCGAUUGGUCAAUUUAAGUACUUGUACAACUACAAUAACAAUUUAAAAAGUCUCGAAACGGAAGUUAUGACGCUGAAGAAGACAAGAGACGAAGUGCAGGGUAAGGUUACUGCUGCCAAAAUAAACGGGGAAGCGAUCAAACAGAGCGUUGAGGAGUGGCAGACUAAGGUGAACAAUACCAUUAAUGAAGCAGAGAGUUUGAUUAGAGAGAAAGAAAAAAACCGUCGAUGUUUCAAGGGAUUGCGCCCCAACUACAUCAACAGCUACAAACAUAGCAAGAAGGCAUUCAAAUUAAAGCGGGAUGGUAUUAUUCCACUCCUGCAGCAAGAAGAAAGAUUCGUUGAAGUUUCCUAUUCAAGUAUUCAACAAUCCAACUACGAGACGAACUUUGACAAGAUCCGAGAUGAUGUUUUGAAGCUGAAGAAUGCAAGACUCAAAGUGGGGCGUAAGGUUGAGGAGGCUGAAAUCAAGGGAGAAGAGAUUGAAGCGGACGUGAAGAAGUGGCUACAGAUGUUGAUUCUGCAUCGCUAA